UUCAAGUUUUUUAUUUUUUUUUUCUACUAACUAUCUUAACUUCCAUCAUUUUGCCAUAUAUAAUAUGCCUACAUAUCAAUUACUUGCUUGUUUCCUUUUGUUUGAAAUAGUUAUCAUUCUUCAGUUAGCUCAAGGGAAAAGCAGUUCCCAGUCUAGCUGCCCCAAACAAUUCACCUGCGGAAACAUAACAAAUGUGAGUUUUCCUUUCUCCAAUGUUUCGAGACCUGAAUGUGGGUUGUACACCUUAGAUUGUAAUGCUACUCCAUAUCCAACAAUUACCUUGGGACAACACAAAUAUGGAGUUGUAUUUAUUAAGGGUGAUCUUAUGCUUCUCUUUGACCCACUUCUUGAGAAAUACUUGCGGGAACCAAGUUGCAACGUUUUCCACACAGGAAUCUCAUUUCCCAGCUCUGCUUCCAUUUCCUUCGAUUUCGUGCCCAAAACGAUGUUUUACAAAUGCAAUAGUAGUUCAAAUGUGAGCUUACAGAAGAAGAUUGGGCAUUAUUUCCAUGGAUACAGAAGCUAUAACAGUUGCCAAAACUUCAGCUUGUACUAUACCCAGAUGGACAAUGAUACUCUACCAACUGCCACCAGUCUUCCUGCAGAGUGUUCAGUUAUUUACUUGCCGUUUAACUUUAACAGAUCAUCCAGCGCCAUCAACUUAUUUGAGAAUUUAAAUUCUUUGAUUCUCAUACAAUGGAAGGUGUCUGAAAUUUGUGCAAAGUGUCACUAUAAUGGGGGGCAAUGCUUAACUGACACCCAUAACAAUUUUCAAUGUUCAUCAGAUGCAGGAAAAGAAGAGCUGCCCAAGGGCAUUCGGAUUCUUAUUGUGUGUGGUAUGGCAUUGAUCUUAUUUGGACCUUUAACAAGUUGGGUGAUCGUCAUUGUUCUUCGGUGUCGAAAGAAGAAGGGACAUGCUGGUUCUUCUCAACUGUCCACCAAUUGGGACCUCGAAGGAUGCAAACUGUUGGGAGUUCAUGUCUUCUCCUACUCUCAACUUCAAAAAGCUACUGAUUAUUUUCACUCCGACAAAGAACUUGGAGAUGGUGGGUUUGGCACUGUUUAUCAUGGCAAACUUCGUGAUGGUAGAGAAGUUGCAGUGAAGCGCUUAUAUCAGCACAACUACAAAAGAUUGGAGCAAUUUAUCAAUGAAAUAAAAAUCCUCACCAGCCUAAGGCACUGCAACCUUGUGACUCUCUAUGGCUGCACGUCAAGACACAGCCGUGAGCUACUCCUGGUUUAUGAAUAUAUCCCUAAUGGAACAAUUGCAGAUCAUCUCCAUGGGGAAAAAGCCACGGAUAGAUCACUCACUUGGCCUAUCCGAAUGAAGAUCGCAAUAGAAACCGCUACUGCACUUGCUUACCUCCACGCUUCUGACAUAGUACACCGUGAUGUGAAGACUACCAACAUUCUUCUCGACAACAACUUCUGUGUAAAAGUUGCUGAUUUCGGGCUUUCGAGAUUUCUCCCUAAUGAUGUCACUCAUGUCUCCACUGUACCGCAGGGAACGCCUGGCUACGUUGAUCCUGAGUAUCAGGAGUGUUAUCAACUUACUGAUAAGAGCGACGUUUACAGUUUUGGGGUUGUCCUUGUUGAACUCGUAUCGUCAAUGCCUGCCUUGGAUACAAGUAGGCAUCGAGACGAGAUCAACCUAGCAACUCUAGCACUGAACAAGAUACCUAGAGGUGCAUUUAGUGAGUUGAUUGACCCCUCUCUAGGAUUUGAGACAGAUGGUGAAAUCUUGAGAAUGGCCACUUCAGUAGCAGAGUUAGCUUUCCAAUGCUUGCAACCCAAGAAACAUAUGAGGCCUACAAUGGAUGAUGUAGUGGAGACAUUGAAGGACAUUCAAGGUGGUGAGUUCCGAGAUGAGGUGAAAAGUGAUCAAAUUGAUAAGAAGAAUGUUUCCAGUAGUGUAGAAGUUCCUUUGUCACCGGAAUCAGAACAGGUUGUGCUGUUGAAGAAGAUUGGUAGAUUCCCAACUUCUCCAACUUCAAUGACUGAUAGGUGGGUCAGUAACUCUACUGCAACCUGUAACAGUGUGUGAAAUUCUUAUUCUCUGUAUAGAGUAGGGUGUAGGGUGCAUAUACACUUGCUUUUUUACAUGUGUCAAUAUAACCUAUCACAUUAUUUAGGAUUUCCAUUCUUUUUCAUUUUGUAUUUAAUUGCAGGAAAUCUGCAAUCCUAACUUUUAUUGAGUUUUUUCACACUUUUUGUCCCACGACUGUAGUGGCACUAUCAAGAUUGAUUCA